GCUUUUACACACAAAUAGCAAAAUAGUAAUUUUUAUUAAAAAAAUUGCAACAUUAUUUCGUUUCGUUGACACUUCGAAUAUUUGUUUAUGUUUACACUAGUUUUUAUGUCAUUUGCGGCGGUUAUUACAUCUGGCAAGCGUGUGUUUCUUGUUCUGUCCAAUUUUGCACGGAACUUGUUCUCGUUAGAAUGUUUUCUAUAUAACGCGCAUGAAAAACUGCAAUUUUAUAUUAUUUGGAUGUUUUCGUUUCGUGGUUAUUUAUAACUAAAUAGUUUUAUUCAUAAUGACGGUAUAGGUUAAAAUCCAAAGGUUUGAUACUAAUGUGUUGUGUGUGAAUUUUGUUAAAAAUUUGCAAAGCAGAUGGUGAUUAAUUGGUUGUCAACGAGUGUCAGUUCUGUGUGAAAAACAAAAAGGAUCGCCAAAAAUAGUGAAAGGCGAUAUAAAGUGAAUUCGUGCACAUUCCGGUUCUGACUUUUUAUACUUUUCAACAUUUGCUUAAAACUAUGAAAGAAAUUGCGUAAUUAUGUUGGAAGAGCAUAUAUAAAUCGAAAUAUUGUGGCCAACGCAUUGUUAGUAUAAAAAAAUGAAAUUACUAAAAGUAAUGGAAACGCUUUUAGGAAAUUUACAAAAAAGUGCGUAAUUAAAUAAGUAUUUAUUCUUCUGAAUAAAUACCAAUUCUGUGAAAAACCGACUGAGUCGCGUGUGUGUCAACCGCAUGCUGAAGUGUAUAUACUUCUUUAAAUAUAAAUAAAUAUAUAAAGAUCACUGCGACAGAACACUAAAAUUCUGUGGCUAUUGCUUAUAUUUAAAUUCGUCUACCCUCACACUUUGCAAAGCUAUCCACAUGCAAGCGAUUGUGCUUGCAAUGUGAAUACGCAUGCUGAUACAGUGCCGGUAGACGAGCGAAACCCAUAUGCAAAGCUGAAGAACACACGAAUAUGCCAGCUGUUGAUUCUUCCAAAGUAUUUGGUAAUUCGAGUUCAUACGAAUACAAUAAAACAACAAUAGCAACAAUGACCACAACAUCCGGUGGAGCUGCUAGUUUGGGCAAUAUUGGCGCAAAUUCGGCCCAAAAACGCGCUUCAACCUCUGAAACGUCCGGUCUUCCCGAUGCUGUUUCGCAUUUCUACUAUAAACAUGGUCUCUUCCUCUCCAGCUAUCCAACAUGUGCCACUAGCAUUGCUAUUAUGGCAAUAUUACUGUCGUGUUACCCGCUCAUCAAUGUGCCAUUGCCCGGCACCAUACCCACGAAAAUAAUGCUACCGUUCGACGGUCGUUACUCACUUUUCGCAGAACAACCACAACAGAAUGUCUCAUUGGUGCGGAAUUUCUUCAGUCCCCCUACCAGCAGUAAUUUCAGCUAUGAUCCACCAUUUCCAUGGGCAAAGAGUUCACCUGUAUUCUACGUACAACAGAUAAUGCUACGCACUAGCGUGCUACCCUGGACCGAAGACAUGCAGCUAAUGGACGCCUAUCGUGCGCCGCUCUACGAAGUUUUUAAAUUGCUGGAAAUCGUGCGCAAUCAUGAAAGCGCCGACAAUAAACGCACCUUGGAUCAAUCUUGCUGGCAUGUGGAUAAUGUGAAGCGUUCGCGCGAUGAAAAAGUAUUAUUCCCCGAAUACAAUUGCUUGGUAUUGUCGCCGGCGAAUUUAUGGUCUCAAGAUGUGCAAAAUUUUACGAAUGACUCAAAUCUCUUGAACAGCAUUUUUCAAUAUCAUAAUCUCCAAAAAACCAAAGUCUCCAUUGCCGAAAUGCUCUUCGGCGUACCAAUGCAAGAUAGCGGCUUCAAGCGUUAUCCGCUUCGUUCGCGUUCGCGCAUAAUACAAUAUGCCAUCACAUUGAUACUGAAGCAAAAUGAUCAGGAGUACUUGAGUACGCUAAAGCACAAACUCUUCCAAUACUAUCCACCGCUGCAACUGAAUCCUACAACAACAACAACUAGUGAGCACUCAACAGCAAGUGAACAACCAAUAACAAAAGUCGAAGAUGAGAAAUCUGCAAUCACUUACAUUUUCUAUCCAGAUGAAUUUAAGCUGUGGGAAUUUAUGCCGUUAGCCAUUGCCUUUGUGUUGUUGUUCUUUUAUAUGUAUUUUUCGGUGCGUAAAAUCGAAAUAAUACGUUCACGGCUGUUACUCGCCAUUUGCGCUGUUAUAACAGUGCUGGGCAGUCUGACCAUGUCGCUGGGCGUUUGCUCAUUCUUCGGCCUCACCAUUAGUUUGCAAUCGAAGGAUGUAUUCCCCUAUUUGGUUAUACUUGUAGGUCUGGAGAAUUGUCUCGUCAUAACGAAGAGCGUCGUUUAUACGCAAGAGACGUUCGAUGUGAAGAUACGCGUUGCCAAAGCGCUCAGCAAGGAGGGUUGGCAUAUCUCCAAGACGCUGCUGACCGAGAUCACCAUACUCACCAUUGGCUGCAUCACAAUGGUGCCGGUCAUUCAGAAAUUCAGCAUCUUCGCCAUUAUCGGUUUGCUCUCCGAUUUCAUGCUGCAAAUGUUGCUCUUCCCCACCAUACUCGCAAUGAAUAUCAAAUUGCCGGAAUACACGACCGAAGCGAAGCAUUUGCCGAAAAUGAUGUUAAGAUGCACGAUGACUAACAACACGGCCACACCACCGCCCGGUGGUUUCGGUAUGCUGCCGAAUGGACGUAAUGAUUAUCGUUUCUACGAUAAAAGCCAAUCGUAUGUGUCGCUGGCGGGCGAUGUGUCGACCACACCACACCAACCGUUGAGUAAUGGGGGCUUCGGCAUGUUCCAUCGUUCACAAUCGCACCCCAAACUCACAUUUGCAGAUCUCAAUACACACCCGGCCGACUUGACCGCGAAGACGGGCAUACAACCGAAUAAAGAUGGACGCAUACCGAAGCGGCUGCGCAUCGUGAAUUUCUGGGCGCGUACACGCUUCUUUCAGCGCGCCUUCAUGAUUUGGAUGAGCGUUUGGAUUUGCACGAUCGUCUACAAUUCGGGCUGUUUGGAGAAUCUGUUCGCCAUGGACGGCAAUCGUACAGCGUACGGUAACGACGGAACGCAACGAUUUGUCAAAACACACGAACAAAGCGCCGUUUCGAGCUUCUUCACGAAUAUGCAGCAUGUCAUAAAUGGCGCCGCAACAGCUGGACAGGACGGGGAUGGUAAGAGCGGUGAAGUGAAAGGACAACGCAGUGGCCGUUUGUCAAAGGGUGAGAAGUCUGGCUCAGAUGGCAAAAAGAAAGGCUCGACCGACGAUGGCGCCAUUAAUGACACGGACGCCGAUCUUCGUCGUCUGCUCUAUCCCGACUACGAAAUGAACUAUUUUCUCUCGAAUUUUCACUGGUGCGCCAUCAUGAAACAAUACAAUAUUUCACUAAGUGGACGUUACGUAACCUUACUACCCACCAUCAAGCUAUCGCAUCCGAUUAGCGCCGAAGCGGCGGUACUCAUACGCAACCCCAAAGAGAAGGUGGCGCAAAACUUCCAAUGGAAAGCGCUGGCCGCUGCACUCGACCCCAUUGAUUUCAACGACGAUGAACGUCGCGAAUCGCCCAUGGUGUUUCCAGGCGGUACACCACUCUACCCCAAAAGUCCAAUGGAAUUUUUUUUUGUAAUUUCCAUGUGUUUGAUCAGCAUUUUUGUGCUCAGCUACACAAUGGUCGUCUUCUAUCGUUGCAUUUGCACGCGCAACUAUGCCGAGUGGCGUUCCAGUUGGUAUGAGUCGUCGGAAAUACAGCAGAAAACCGAACACAUACUCGAGGGUGUGCCAACGAAAAUUGCUGGACACAAGCAUACGGUCGAAUGUUUAAUAACCGAUGGUUCGCAUAUCAUCAGCUGUUGCCUGCGUGGCCAAGUGAAGGUGUGGGACUCACGUAGCGGUGAGAAUUUGACGGCAAUUCAUCGUGAACAUAUGCAAAUUGCAACGAAACGUGAAGACGAACAGGUGACACUUGAACGUUUGCCCUACUCGCCGAUCUGGUGCAUGAAUGCGUUUGAUAACCUCGUUGCGGUGGGCUGUGCCAAUGGACGCAUUGAGUUGUGGGAAACACCAGAUGGUGUCCUGAAGUGCAUUUCACCUGGAGAGGUGAAGUCUAAUCAAGGCAUAACUCAUAUCUAUAUAAAUGGUGAUCGGGUCAUUGUGGCGCGUUUAUGUGGGCGUAUAGAGUUCUUCCGACUGGAAACCUAUUGCAAAGGUCAACAAAUCGAUUGGAAUUUCACGUCGGCAUACAGAAGAACGCACACCCGCACCAGUUCAGCUGGCAGCAUUGGUCUCAUGCAUCAUACACAACAACAACGCACCUAUUUUACCGGCCAAUCGCCGCCGCCCUCCAACAAAGAGGAAAUGAAAAUUAGCCUAGAAGCAGUACGUUUCGCGCAUCAACAGCCCAUUACCUGCAUGGAGGUAUCCAAUGGCAUGGUCUUCACCGGCAGUCAGGAUCACACACUUAAAGUGUACAGUCUAACGAACGCUAACAUCGAAUACACACUACACGGUCAUUGUGGGCCGAUAACGUGCCUUUUCGUCGACCACUGGCAACCGGGCACUGGUGGCUCUGGUUCCCAAGAUGGUAUGUUAUGCGUGUGGGAUUUGUUCACCGGCGCUUGCAUGUACAAUAUACAAGCACAUGAUGGCGCCGUCACCGCGUUGGUGUGCGCACCCACAUAUGUCAUAUCGCUGGGCGUGGAUGAGCGUAUUUGUGUGUGGGAACGUUUUCAAGGCAACCUAUUAACGACGAUCAAUAUAUUGAACGCAUAUUCGAGUUUGCUGAUGUUGACGCCAUCAUUGUUGGUCACUUGCAAAAUGGGUUCCCUCAUCGUGUGGGAUGUGCGCACGGGUGAGCCAGCGCGUGAAGUUAAACUUGAUCGCGCGAAUUCUCUACUCUGUCCAAAAAAAUUAAUGCUCACCGGUGAUGCUGUUGUGUGCGACUAUGGAAAUGAGUUGCGUGUGGUGCGUUUUCCUAUCGUUUCCGAUAAAUACAGUUGAACGCGCUACGCACAGGUCGAACCACUAACUAAUAAUAAUAAUAAUCAAAAGUGCGUCCACACACAGUUUUGAUGGCAAAAUUUCAAAAAUAUUGUCUAUCUCAACCACUAUGUACGUCCAUACCACACACACACCCACACUCACACACAAAUCACCAGAUUGCCUGUUAACCUAGAGGCUGUGGCUGUAGCCUUGUGGCGUUUAUUGGAGUAGAUGAAUGCAUUGACAACAAAUAUUAUGCAGAAUAAUUCAUUAAAAUGUAACUCAACUUCUCAGAGAAGUUAGUUUAUUAUAUAUUAAUGUAGCUGCGCAUACUAAUUGACAUUGCGUUGGCAUUAAACUACACUGUCCUAUAUAAAAUAAGCACACACAUAUUUAUACAGUUAGUUAUUGUGUAAUGAAACUUAUCAUUGCUUUAAGAGAAUUUGCAUAACUAAAACUAGUUUUUAUUCCUA